AGGUGUUUGAACCGUUUGAACGCGAAUUCGUUUUUGCGUUAGUGAUGUCCGGAUUUAGUUUCGGAACCCCGACAACGAGUGCGCCAGCAUAUCCGUUCGGAGCGGGAGCUACAACCACUGCUACAGCCGCUCCUACAGGAUUAGCAGCAGCAGCAGCUGGAGCUACCCCGGCGGCUCCAGGUUUUAGUUUUGGCACCCUACCUGCUGCGAGUGCAGCACCAACGUUUGGCACUUUGGCGGCCCCUAAACCCGCUCAAACAACUGCUGCAGCGCCAGGCUUUAGCUUCGGAACCACUACUACUCAAGCUACUACAACAAGUGCAUCGACUGGCUUUGCUCUACCAGGAACAGCGACUCCGGCAGCUCCAGCUGCCACGGGAUUAACUUUUGGUGCUAGCGCUACAGCAGCUCCGACUGGUACAGGGGCAUUUGGCGUUGGCGCUGGAAGCGCUCUAUUCGGCGCUAAAGCGACCACAGUCGCAACCGCUGCGCCCAUUGCUCCAACUACAACCGUCACAGGAUUGGUGCCCAAACCAAUAGGAUUGGGUGGCGUGGACAUUAAUGCAGCCGCACCGAAAUCAGUGGAAGGCAAGCCCGAUAGCACAAAAGCAAAGGAAUUUCAAGUUCCACAGGAAAUUAUUAGCACCGUUGAACAGUUGAAGGAGUAUAUCAAGCGGCAAAAAUCAUUUAGUUCGGAUAUUGCGAGGACCUCAUCUCGAAAACUGUACAACGUCUCAUCUGAAAUCAGCAGAUUGAACUGGAGCCUGAUCGAUAUCUCGAAUAGCGUUACUAAUAACCAAUCUGCCAUCAAAACGUUGCGAGCGGAAACGGCCGGCAUCAUUCAGCAAGCUGAUAUGGCUCAGCGGACCCACGACACGCCCGCUGGAUUGCAAUUCGAAAAUACUAUGCCACUGCAGUACUUCAUUGAGCUCAUACAAAAAUACGAGAGAGAUUUACUCAAUCUUAAACACCAGGUCGAAUUAACGGAAAAACACAUGCAGUCAUUGGCUGCCCCGCAGCAUUUUACUGCUAUGGACCUGAAACGUGGUCUGCAGCAGAUUCACGAAAGCUUCGUAGCCCUGGCAGGACGCUUGCACGAGACUCACCAGAAAGUGGAAGCCCAGAAGGAGCAGUACAUGAACUUGCGGCGCUACUUGCUUCGCGACAAUACGGACGUCUUCGAGGAGAGUACGCCGGGAGACAGCUCGUCUGCUCAGCAGCGAUUUUCCAGUUCCAUUUCCACUGGACCGACGCCGUUCUCUACCUUGAUGGGUACAAUGAACCUAGGCGUGUCGAAGUCUAGCCCUGAAACGGCGUUGUGGCCGCGAGUUUCCGGCUUUGCUCCAACUCCGGCCGGGGUGGCAGGACCGAGUGGUGCGUCCGCAUUUGGAUCCACUUUGGCAGGCGUAGGCGGUAGCAGUGCGCUGGGGAGAAGCAUUGACAGUGCGGCCGCCGCGGCUGUACCCAGUGCUCCAACGGCUUUCGGCAGCAGUACCGGGUUUAAUCUUCAAACGCCACCCCUAGGAAGUAAACGAAAUAAACCGGAACGAAAUUAUUAGGUGGCAUACCGUGGCUUAUGCUUUAAUUGCGAA